AUGUCAGGGCGAAAGAGGACACAAAUAAGGCGGGGCGUACCUGAGCCCGAGGGCCAAGUAAAAAGGGGCGUGUCACUGAGGAAGGUGAGGUCUACCGUCCAUGACCAUGAGAGCAGUGAUGUUGAUGAUGUCAGACCAGGAACAGUGAAGAGUCAGUACUUCUCCAAGGAGGGGGAACCACAAAGGCUUGGAGAAGAGUUCUUCAACCAGCCCUGUAUAAAUUUGGCUAAAGCAUUCCUGGGCAAAAUACUAAUCCAACAAUUUGUACGCCGCCACCUUGUCUAUUUCAAGUAUUUUCUCAUUGAUCGAGACUGGUAUUGGUGCGUCGGAGUGCAGAUGGUGGUGGAGACUGAGGCCUACCUGGGAGAAGAGGACAAAGCCUCUCACUCUGCUGGGGGAAAAUGUACUGCGAGGAACACAGCGAUGUUUAUGAAACCCGGCACCAUCUACGUGUACCCCAUCUACGGCAUCUACCUCUGUAUAAAUGUUUCCAGUCAAGGGGAGGGUGCUGCUGUGCUUCUGCGGGCUCUGGAGCCUCUAAAUGGCCUGCGUCUGAUGAAGCAGCUGCGGACAGCCAGGCGGAGGGAGGAGGCCCGGCCCCUGAAGGACAAAGAGCUAUGCAAUGGUCCCUCAAAGCUGUGCCAGGCCCUGGACAUACCGCGCUGCUUCGACCGGAGAGACCUUGCCUCAGACCCAGAGGUGUGGCUGGAGAGGGACACCCAGAUAGGACCGCAAGAGCCAGGCCUUAGGGAGGUGGUCUCAGCAAGCCGGAUCGGCAUUGACUCUCAUGGGGAAUGGGCCACCAAACCCCUGCGCUUCUAUCUGCGUGGUCACCGCUGUGUGAGUGUAGUGAACAAACAGGCAGAGAUACAGAUUCACUCACUGGCCAACAAUGUGAUAUCAGACUUUGCGUCCUCCUCAGUGGACGUAUGUGAUGGUGACACAGGACAGAAUUGAAACUGGGAAUAUUUUUGGAAUUGUAUCAAACCAUGAUGAGUAUAUACUUAAUGUUUUUACAGACAUAAUGCAAGUGAAAAAUGUCAGCUAUGAGCUAUUUCAGUAAUUUGGUCUAGCUAUGGGGAAAUCAUUGCAAAAUACCCAAAGCCAAAAUGUUUGCUCUGAGGGGAAUCCAGAUUCAAUAUAUAAUUACGUCUACUUAGAUACACACAUUGUUGCCCAAACACAAAUCCCACAGAUAUGGAAUAUGCCAUAUUUGUGUGCUACAAAUGAUUCAACUACAUUCCAAACAUCUGUAAAAUAUUUGAUCUAGCCUCCCCUCCCUGCUAUCAAAGCAACUAGAAUUUCCAUUCCAGUCAUUCUCAUUAAUAAACAUCCUUGCUGGAAAAGUUCUCUUGGAAUCAUUGAUUUCGCAGAUGUUUGGAACGUCGUGCUCCUUCUCUCAAAGCAGAAACAGCAUGUCUGAUGUUUGGCAUCUUUUCAUUCUUUCCCUCCCACUGAGACUCCUGGGGGAGGCAGCCUUGCCUGCAGCCUGGAAUGAGCAUUAAGGUUGUUUUCCUACAUUGUGUUUGUUGGAGAUGAUUUAGCACUUUUGGGAAUCCCCCAAAUGGAAAGGCUCAAGUGGAGUACUGUGUUUAAACUGCCCAAUUUAUAGGUAUCACUAAAGCUCUUCACACACUGUUAUUCAAUCAUGUACAGUAGUAUUGAAAACAAGGCAUUGAACGUAAAACAUCUAAGAGAGAAAGGGACUAAUUAAAUCAUCUAAAAGCUACAUACAUUCACUCCCAGUCCCCCAAGCAGA